GCUUUCCUGGGGUUUGCUGUAUGCAGUGUACAUCCUGAUCCUAUCCAGUUUCGUGACACCUGUUAUCAACCAUUUUUUGCUUCCCACAAGCAGCUUCUUUGCAAUAUUUCUUCUGUUGUUUCUUUAUGGAAUAGCAUCUAUCCAUUUCUGUUUCAUGCUCAGUUCUCUCCUGAAGAAGGCGAAAGCCACCAGCUCUGUUGCCUUUGUCCUGACUUUCUUUUUUGGAGCCCUCAGUGUUACCACACUGAUAUUUAGAAUGCCUGCUCCUUUGGAAUGGAUGUUGAGCCUCUUCUGCCCUUUUGCUUUUGGUGCUGAAAUUUCAAAGGUUACCAUGCGUCAGAAAUAUGGAAAAGCCUUACAUUUGUCUAACAUACUGGAGGACUCAUGUUUUUAUAGCCUGAUUAUUGAUAGUAUUUUAUAUAUGCUGCUGGCUCUCUAUUUUGACAAAAUCAUUCCUGACAAAUAUGGAGUGCCUUAUCCACCAUUAUUCUUCCUAAAGAAGUCCUACUGGUUUAAAUCAAGAAGCAGUCAUAUUCAUGAACAAAGCCAUAGCAAUAUCUUCAGCGAUAAUGUUGAAUCUGUAUCUCCUGAAUUUGAUGCGAAGGAAUCCAUCAGAAUCAAUAAUAUUAAAAAAACAUAUCAAGUGAAGAGCAUGAAAACAGAAGCUUUGAGAGGCUUGUCCUUGAAUAUUUAUGAAGGUCAGAUCACUGCUAUUCUUGGUCAUAGCGGUGCUGGAAAAACGACACUACUAAAUAUUCUCAGCGGGCUUUCCAAACCAUCUGCUGGUUCUGCCACCAUAUUUAAAUACAAUAUAACCAAACGGGAAGAUAUGGAGGAAAUCAGGAAGAUAAGUGCUGUUUGUCCACAAUUCAAUGUUCAAUUUGAAUUUUUGACAGUGAAAGAAAAUUUAAAGACAUUUGCUAAACUAAAGGGAGUUCCGGCCAAUGAUAUAGAAAAUGAG